AAACCUCCCCAAGUAAAAGCAAUUCCUCUUCCAAAACAAAAACCAAAACCCCGAGGCAAGUCAUACUCUCUCUCCUCAUAUUCCUCUCUAAGUUUCUCGCCCAACUCCAGGGUUUUCUUUUUCGAUCAAUGACGGGGGAAUUGCAGCUAGAGCCAGCAGGUGCACGAAACCCUAGUGACUCUGAUCCUCUGUUACAAAACCAGGCCGACUCGUUAUCUUCUGCGAGUUCAAGUGAGAUUAGGAGUGAAGAUAUUGAGAAUGUUUCUGCUCCUUGUUGUCGCAUCUGCCUCGAAUGUGAUGGCGAAGAAGAUGAUGAACUGAUAUCCCCAUGCAUGUGCAAAGGCACCCAGCAGUUUGUUCAUCGUUCCUGCCUUGAUCAUUGGCGUUCGGUAAAGGAAGGAUUUGCUUUCUCCCAUUGCACAACUUGCAAAGCGCAGUUUCACCUUCGAGUUGAAUUGUUUGAGGACAACUCUUGGCGUAAAAUAAAAUUCAGGCUUUUUGUGGCAAGAGAUGUGUUUCUUGUGUUCUUGGCUGUACAAACUGUAAUUGCUGCUAUGGGAGGCUUUGCAUAUUUCAUGGACAAAGAUGGGGCUUUUCGGAAAUCAUUCAGUGAUGGUUGGGAUCGCAUACUGUCAAAACAUCCUAUACCAUUUUAUUAUUGCAUCGGGGUGCUUGCCUUCUUCGUGCUGCUUGGAUUUUUUGGGCUUAUAUUGCAUUGCUCCUCCCUCAAUAGCAAUGACCCACGCAUGGCUGGAUGCCAGAAUUGCUGUUAUGGGUGGGGCAUCUUGGACUGCUUUCCUGCAUCUAUGGAAGCAUGCUUUGCACUGGUGGUGGUUUUUGUUGUUAUCUUUGCCAUUUUGGGGAUAGCUUAUGGUUUCCUUGCUGCCACAAUGGCAAUUCAGCGAAUCUGGCAGAAACACUACCACAUUCUUACUAAGAGGGAGCUUACUAAGGAGUACAUAGUAGAGGACCUUCACGGAUCUUAUACCCAGCCAAAACUUGACCCAGAACAUGAAGAACGCUUGAAAGUGAUGAAGCUAUUGUAGUGAUGGAUGGAUAGGUGAAAAGCACGAGAUGUAUUCGAAUCUUUCAAAUUAUUCAGGAUACAAAAGUUAAAAUUUUGUGGAUUGGUCGGCAACUUUAUCAAUAGAGUGAGUGGGGGAAAGAGUGCUGUCCUUUGUCUCUUACAUCUCACAAUCUCACUCUUAAGUCUUACCUCAUUGCUGACUGAAAACGAGGCAAACCAGGCCAGCAGGGAGGUACAUAAAUGAUCUGUGCAGUUAAUAUAUUUAUAUGUAUACAAAUAUGUAUCUCUUUUCCUUGAUGUUUGUCUAACCAGUCACACUUUUAUUAUACUCGUGGCAAUUUCCCUUGCCUUUGAAUACCCUCGUCCUGUUAAUAAUCCGUACGUUCUUAAGUUAUAUCUAUGCUCAAAUUGGAUAAUGAAUUUUCA